AUGCGGUUUUCAGUUAGGGGAUAUCCUUCAUUUAAAAAACGAAUAGAUUUUACACAAGUUCCUACUUUAAACGAAGCUGACCUAAAAGAACAACAAAUUAAAGGAUCCGGACCGGGAGGACAGAAAAUUGAUAAAACAUCCAGCUGUAUUUUUCUUAGACAUAUUCUAACUGGUAUGGUAGUAAAAUGCCAGGAAACAAGAUCAGUUUAUCAGAAUAAAAAGAUAGCGAGGCAAUUGCUUGUUACGAAAUUGGAUAAUUAUUUUAAUAAAGGAAAUAGUGUGGAGGCUCAGACACAACUGCUACAAAAAAGGAGAAGCGCUUUAUACGAACAGAAAAAAGAGGAAGCUAAAGGACAGUGGAAAAAUAUUGAAGGCGUAUUUGAUCCUGUUGAUGAAACUUUGAGUGUCACAAAUCCAAAAACUGGAAAAACUGAACUUAAACAAGGCCACAGAGAUCCUGCUACCGGAGAAGUACUUUUCAAAGGCCUUGUCAAUCCUAAAAUCAACAAAAUUGAUAAUUGUUAUGGAAGAACUAUUAGAUUUUCUCUGAAGGAACUCCAAGUGGAUCCAAGUAUUAUUGCCCAAAGUGUGGAACCUGAAAAACUUUUGCCAGUAUCUCCUGUAAAACUACCUCCUACAGCUGCUAUUUCUCCAAGAGACAAAAACAAAGUAAUCAAAUUAUUGGUAAUAACAGCCAAAAGAGAUCCCAAAACAGGUCACUUGGAUUUGGAAUCGGGUCACAAAAAAGCUACUGUAACUAUCACUGAUCGAGCUACAGGAAAACGAAAAGCAGUUCACGGACAAAGAUAUCCAAUUUCUGGCCAAAUCCUAUUACCUAAUUGUCCAGUAGAACUGGAAACGUGA